AUGACCGCUCGUGCUCUUCACUACGUCUUCAAAGUGGCAAAUCGUGCCAAGACUAUCGAUUUUUACACGAAAGUGUUGGAUAUGAAGGUUCUCCGCCAUGAGGAGUUCGAUAAAGGAUGCGAGGCGAGCUGCAACGGGCCGUACGAUGAAAGAUGGAGUAAGACGAUGAUCGGAUAUGGAUCGGAAGACGAUCAUUUCGUUCUGGAACUCACCUACAACUAUCCGAUUCAUAAGUAUGAAUUGGGUAAUGAUUAUCGAGCAAUCGUCAUCGACUCUGACCAAUUAUUCGAGAAAAUCUCCACAAUCGACCACCGUAAAUCUGGAUGUGGCCGUCUCGCAGUGAAAGAUCCCGAUGGUCACGAAUUCAAAAUCGGAAAAUCCGACCAAUCGCCACGUGUGUUGAGAGUUCUAUUGAACGUCGGCGAUUUGGAGAAAUCGAAGAAAUACUGGAAUGAAGUGCUCGAAAUGCCGAUUGUUGAGGAAAAGAAGACAAGAAUUCGUUUGUGUUACGGAGAGGGUCAAUGUGAAUUGGAAAUUGUUCAAUCGGGAGAGAAGAUUGAUAGAAAGACUGGAUUCGGAAGAAUCGCAUUCUCCUAUCCAGGGGAUAAGCUCCAAUCCCUCCAAGACAAAGUGAAAGCAGCCAACGGAACCAUCAUCAACGAACUUCUCACUCUCAACACUCCCGGCAAAGCUGACGUCCAAGUGGUGAUUCUUGCGGAUCCAGACGCCCACGAAAUCUGUUUCGUUGGAGACGAAGGAUUCCGUGACUUGAGCAAAAUCGACGAAUCCGCUGAGAAGGAACUCCGUGAGCAGAUCAAAAAGGACGACAGCGAGAAGUGGUAUUGA